AUGGAGCUCCCUGUCAAACUGCCCUUCUCUAAGAGGCGGCUCCGACCGCGCAUUGUCAUUUCCUACCUCUUCGACUAUGUGAUCCUCAUUGCCUGCGUCGUUGGCUUCUACAUCCUUGACUCCAUCGAGCCUUAUCACCAGCACUUCUCCCUCCGCAACAUCUCCCUGCAAUACCCCUACGCCGAACAUGAGCGCAUCCCUAUCCCAGUUGCCCUCUGCAUCUCGGGGCUUUUCCCUCUUGCGCUGAUCAUCAUCUACACUCUCUUCCUCGAUGGAUUGUUCUCACAUCACAAGCCGCAGGAUCCGGUAUCCGGCAAGAAGAAGCUCAGGGGUCCAUAUCGGUGGAAGGACCGUCUCUGGGAGCUGAACUGCGGCAUCCUCGGUCUGCUGCUGGCGCAGGGACUGGCGUUUGUCAUCACACAGGUGCUGAAGAAUGCCUGCGGAAAGCCUCGCCCGGACUUGAUCGAUCGCUGCAAACCGCGUGAGGGGAGCGUGGAUCUCAUUCCCGGCUUGUCCAACUCUACAAUCUGUACCGGCGACCCGGCAAUCAUCAAGGAUGGAUUUCGUUCGUGGCCAUCAGGCCACAGCAGCUCUUCGUUUGCCGGUUUGGUCUACACCGCGCUGUGGUUGGGCGGCAAGUUGCAUGUUAUGGACAACCGCGGUGAGGCUUGGAAGCCGCUGCUCUGUCUGGUGCCCCUUCUUGCGGCGACACUGGUCGCCGUCUCUCGGAUCAUGGAUGCACGACACCACCCCUUCGAUGUGAUCACUGGCUCGCUGCUGGGUGUGGCGAGCGGAUUUGUCGCCUACCGCCAGUACUUCCCUCCGCUUAGCGAGGCCUGGCGCAAGGGCCGGGCUUACCCAAUUCGCACCUGGGGCAGUGAACCAGUGGGACCCGAUUACCCUGGCGCCGUCGGACCCAGCGAUAGUGUGACGGCGCUUCGCAAUUCCGAGGAGGAGCGAAUGAAUCCAGCGGCCGCAUCGGGGCUCUCAGUUCCCCCACUAAAUCCACCCGGGCCCAGGUCAUCCCAGAACCUGAGUUCCGCGAACCCAUUCACGUCUUCUCAUGCGUACCCUCGCCGUCCGCACGAUCAUGAUCCGGAUGGCAACUGGUCGUCAAGCGAGGAUGAUGUCGCGAAUGGGUACGAGAUGCAACAUGGUUAUGCCAUGACGCAGAAUCCCAGCUUGGGUCAUCACCCGGCUCAUUUCGAUACCAACACCGCGUAUCCACCACAGACACAGGCGCCAAUGCCGGUCGGUGGACUGCAUACGCCGUUCGAGCCGACGAUGACCCAGUCCGGCUAUGGGCGACCGUUGACGGAUACGCCCGCACGGGAUGUUUAA